AAUCGAGGUAUAACGGCAAGCCCAAGUAUCGUUCAAAAGGAAGAGCCAUCCGACGUCUCGAAGCCUGUUGGCCAGUCUCCGGUCAUCUACCCUGAGCUAGAUCGAUAUCGUCAUUACGACCGAGCACGCAGUGCUUCUAAUAGACAGGCUGCAGACAUGCCUUACCGCCUGGCUACACAUGAUCUUCCACCGCCGACUCCCGGGAGCUUGCUCUUCUCCGCCAAUAGCAGUCAGUCCCCUGGCCUCGUUGUUCCUAGCCGGGGCUUCCCCUUGGCGAAGAUUCGACAGCAUAGCCCGGCUCUUACUCGCCCACCCGUUACCCGACGAAGGACUGGGAGCAUUUCAAAUGAGGUGGAUUCUAUAAGCGUUGAUCCCCACGGCCUUGCAGCAGUUCGAGAGUCAUUGACUUCGUCAUCAUCGAGCUCAACUGUCAAGGGUAGCAUCAACAUAAAGAAGGAAAGGAAAGGAGGCAAAAGCCUCGCAGCACCGCCACCAAGUCCCCCUCCACGGAAAUCUUCGCAGAGGUUCCACCCAAGCGAAGAUGAAGAUGAGCUCUCUCCCAGACAAAAACGCCGGCCAGAGGCUCAACCCAUGGGUAUCUCAUCCCCACCAAGGUCGAUUCUUCCACUUCGCAAUUACCAAUCACCCUCGCCGCAGGCUCUGCCACCGCGCCGACCCAGUCGAGAUGGUACUUCUGAUCUCAAGUCCCAACUGUAUACCCCCAUUCCAGUAAUCCAAAGUAGCUUGGCACUCAGGGCUCUCAAUCAAGAGAGACGCGACAGUGAGACUUCAAUGCCUCAUCCACCUCCGCUUUCAACUCUGCAGACCAACAAGAGCGCAUCAACUUCGAACCUACUCACAUCUGAGCAACCUACCUCAUCAGGCAAAUUGACGAGUAGGAGAAAGCUUAGCGUUUCUGGCCCAUUUGCGUCUGGCCCAGCUCGACCAGCUGCUACGCCGUCCCCAAAUAUCAAGUCUUCUGGCCCUCGAUUUCCGUUCUUUGGGCGGAGAAAAGCUUCUGCAGAGAACACGCCAAAUGAAAAGGACAGCAAGGAUAAACAGAAAGUAUCUCGAAAGGGGCCAGCAGCUGGUACAGGUCAUGAAGGGUACGGACGGCUUGGUGCUGUUCGGAGGAGAAGCGCAGUCAUUGCCAACCCUCGGAAAUCCAACGAGAGCCUUGUCAGUGGCGAUUCCUUCCUAGCUGACCGCAUCAACCCUGUCGUUAUUGCUGGGGGAGCUGUCAUUGAGAAUCGAAACGCCAGUGCAGAGCUCAGCAGGACAGAGAGCAAUAUGAGCUUGACGACAAACGAACGCCCAAGCAUUGAUUCAAUUGCAAAUUCAACCACAUCUUCUGUUUUAAGGGGUGUUCCAGGAACGGGACUUUGGCCGUCGGCAAUUCCUCGUGAGCAGAAUCACACGAAUAGUCGAAGACCAUCGGACAGUACCGAUACCAGUAGCGUGGCUAUGGGCUCUACUCUGGCAUUUAGACGAUCAAUUCAACGAUUGAAGUCGUUUCCAGACAACCCUCUGCAACUACCAAGGCCAAUCAACACCAGUGGAGUGAUUUCAUCACCCAUGACUAGCUUUGAUACCAGCAUCAUGUCUGAUGAGUCUUCUGUAUUCAAUCUUCAGCAGCAGCCUUCCCAUGAAAUCGGUAACGCUCAUCCGGCUCCUAAAAAGCUCAAGAAAAAGCCUCGAUCUCCGAGGAAAUGGAAUUUCUUCAGCAGAUCAAACAACCAGCCCAAACCAGACAAGGCAAGCGAAACGGUUGCCGUUACUGUACAACCAGUAGAGAAGAAGCCGGUGGCUUUUUACACUAUUAUGGAUUCACCCGAGCAAGAAUCAGCCGAGCCCGUAGAUCUCAAGGAGAUUCUGCGCGAGGCUGAUGCGUACGCACGCUCACCUGCCAAGAUCACUACCCCUGAGUUGCAAACAGAGGGAGCUCAGUCGUUCAACACAUCUCGGCUGCAGCCUUCAGCGAACAUUUUGCCACAGCCUCUCUCACCAGUCCAAGACUACUAUGCUGUGGCGGACGGGCCAGCCAUUUCUCGAAUGGAAGGAAUAGCCCCCCCUGCAGCAGUAACUCUGAGUUCUGGAAGACCAAGCCGCCUGGCACAGGUGGGAAGGAUACCGCAGGUGGUGAGCAAGCGUUCAGAAGGACCCUCUCCUCGCAGUUUCUCUCGGCCGUUUAUGGGAAAUGGACAACUUUCUUUGCAUAUACCCAAGACACGCGGCCCGGGCUUGAAUACUAGAAUGCCUAAUUUUUCAAAGCCAUCUCCGAUCCCGGAUACAAGUGGUGGUGAUGGCUCAACGACGGAUGCGGGCACCGAGUUCUCCUUCUUCAGCGAACCUCGGUCACGUUUAUCCCCCGAGCCUACAACUACGCAAGAAUUCCUGGCCUUUUCUCCCCCUCGAAAGGAUUCUGACUGUACGACAAGCUCAACCGAGUCUUGUGUCUCAUACAAUUAUGCAGAGGCGACAGCUGUUAUUCCAAAGCCUGAUGACCCGCCUGCGGAUGAUGAAGUUUGGGACGAAUAUGAUGAUCUUCUGGGAGAAGACACUGUGAAAGGCCGACAGUCGACCACGUCUUCCAAAGGUGUUCCGUUCCACCUCGAAACCUACCAGAUGAGGCUGGCAAAGGAGAACCCUCUCGAAUCUCCAACGAUCGUCACCGAUAACCGCAAGCUGUCAACCAUCUCAGAUGCACGGACAACUUCCACUACAUUUAGUGCUGACAUGACGGAGAGAAUUCGAAAGGCCUUCCAGCCUCAUCCUAGCCCUACGGUACCAUCGCCCGUGCCGGAGGCCGUAGAACAGAACGACGGUCGGCAUUCUAGGAAGCCUAGCGCUGCUGAAACCAUGCGUCACAGCACCGUUUCUUCCCACAAGUCUAGGCAAUCAGGCUCGUCUACCUCUUCUGAAGAAUGGACGCCCCUGGCUCAGGUGAACCUUCGCGUAGGUUCCAUGACCGUCUCCAAAUGGCUUAGCUUUGGCCAAGUUCUCUUCAGCGACAUUCGGCAUGGGCUGGUCCGGGGCCGAGACUCCCUUGAGCGCCCAUCAGUUCUCGUCAUUGACGGGCUUGGUAAUGACGAUUGGUCGUUUUAUGCCGCGGAAACAUACUCGGCUGCCGACUUCUUCAACCUCUCUCCACGAGCUCCUUUGCCUGCUGCUGAUCCACAGAGUUCGGCCUCGCGAUAUCCCCUUAGCCCACCCAACCAUCAUCAAACACAAUAUCUUUCCCACCUCGAAGAGUUUCCCUUUGCUUCGAAUACUUUCAACUGUGUUGUUUACCGAUUUCCGACUGCUGCUCCGGAAUCCCACUACCAGAAUAUCCUAUCCGAAUCCCGUCGUGUGCUCAAGCCGGGAGGAUACCUUGAAUUGUCUAUUCUUGAUGUUGAUCUUAACAAUAUGGGUAACCGCGGGCGCCGUACCAUUCGUCAACUCAAGGAACGCAUACAUGAAACUUCACCAGAGACUAAUUUGGCCUCUACUGCCGACUUAAUCGUUCGCCUCCUGGGCAAGAGUGGCUUUUCAACGAUCAAGGCUGCACGCGUUGGCGUUCCGGUUGCAAGCUCAAUCACUUCCUCUGAUGAUAACGCAAAAGGCAAAGGCUUAGCUGAGAAGAAGGCGAAGAAAUCAUCCAAAGACCAGCCUAGCUUGGCGGAAAUGAUGCGAGAUCAAAGUCCGAACGCAGAUGAGGGCAUUACCAACAUGGUCUCUCGAGUUGGACGCUGGUGGUAUUCUCGAUGCUACGAGAACGCAACAAGCCAAUCUUCCGGAAAAAGCAGCAUCUGGAAUGACAAGGCUCUGCUCAGGGAAUGCGAAGAACUGGGCACGAGCCUCAAACUGAUGGUUUGCUGCGCUCGUGCACCUGAG